CUCCUCGACUCUUCUCUCUCUCGGGUGUUUUGGGUCCUCGCCACGGCAUACCAUCGCAUCAAACUGCCCCUUCGAUUUCUUUGGUUAAUGUCCUCUGAAAAGAUUUAAAAUCGUCCAUAAUUCUCUGUUUUCGGUCCACGGUGGCAAAUGUUUCGUAGUUUUGUGAGUGUGGUUCAUUUCGUGUAAAAUUGAGUCUAUUUACCUAGCAGCGAUGAUCUUGACCCGUAGAAGAUAAAGCUCUCGCUGAAUGAUACGUCCGUUUAUUAUCAAUUCCCUUCCACCAUCUUCCACUGUAGCUUAAUAACGAGUGGAUUUUAUUACACAUUAAUGAAAAAGUAGCUAAACCUGUUAAACGGUGAUAUAAUUAAUGCUCAGUUAAAUUUUGAAAAAGUUUUGUGAUUAAAAAAAAGUGCAUCAAACAUUAAUAAUGCAAACAUUUCGACAGAGUAUCAUUGGCGAAACUUGCAAUAAAUUUGUAACUAAAACAAAUUUUUUAUGAUAAAAGUGUCUGUGCGAGUCAAUUGGAUUACUUUCGAAACCGCAUUUACAGAGGAAUUUGUGUCCAACCUACAGAUACAGAUCGAGGAUGCAGGGAAGUAGAGCAACAUCGACAGUGGUUUCGGCGAUACAGCGUCGGCACAGACACCAACUCCAUCACAUCCGCAAGCGGUCAUCAGCUGCGGCCGCGACGACAGAGACCAUCACUCCAGAGGCGGAAGUGGCCGAGUGCGCUUACGCCAAGCCUUACAGCGAGCUCCCUGGGCCAACUCCGAUCCCCAUUCUUGGCAACACUUGGCGCCUUUUACCAGUUAUAGGACAAUACGAUAUCUCAGAUUUAGCGGAUGUGUCUCACAAAUUGUACCGAGAUUACGGGAAAAUCGUUCGACUGGGCGGUCUUGUGGGAAGGCCUGACUUACUCUUCGUCUACGAUGCAGACGAGAUUGAGAAAGUGUACAGGAAUGAAGGAGCAACUCCGUUCAGACCUUCGAUGCCUUGUCUUGUCCAUUACAAAAGUCAAAUCAGGAAAGAUUUCUUCGGCAGACUUCCUGGUGUGGUAGGAGUACAUGGAGAGCCGUGGCGAGAAUUUAGAACAAAAGUACAAAAACCAUGUUUGCAAAUUCAAACUGUGAAAAAGUACAUCGAGCCCAUAGAGGAUGUCACGAAUUAUUUUUUAACCAGAAUGAUAGAGAUGAGAGACUCAAAAGAUGAGCUGCCGGCGGAUUUUGAUAAUGAAGUUCACAAAUGGUCUUUGGAGUGCAUAGGGCGUGUGGCUUUAGACGCCCGCCUGGGAUGUUUAGAUCCUAAUCUUCCAGCAGAUUCGGAACCUCAAAAAAUUAUAGAUGCUGCAAAGUAUGCUCUGAGGAACGUAGCUAUUUUAGAACUAAAAUUCCCCUUUUGGAGGUAUAUUCCAGCCCGGAUUUCACCCUUAUGGAACAGAUAUGUUGGAAAUAUGGACUAUUUCAUUGAAAUCUGCAUGAAGCACAUCAACGAAGCUGUGGAUAGACUGAAAACUAAAUCAGUAGUUAAUGAGAACGAUUUAUCUCUAGUCGAAAGAAUUUUGGCAAGUGAACCAGACCCAAAGACCGCCUAUGUUCUUGCCUUGGAUUUAAUUCUAGUAGGGAUUGACACGAUUUCAAUGGCGGUGUGUUCCAUGCUAUACCAACUAGCCACUCGGCCGGAGGAACAGGAGAAACUGUAUCAAGAAAUGGUGAGGAUUCUUCCAAACCCCGAUGAAAAGCUAACCGCUGCCAAAUUAGAUCAGAUGCACUACCUGAAAGCUUUCAUCAAAGAAGUUUUAAGGGUAUAUUCGACGGUCAUAGGCAAUGGUAGAACUCUGCAAGCAGACACGGUCAUCUGCGGUUAUAAAAUACCCAAAGGCGUGCAGCUUGUUUUCCCGACGAUUGUGACAGGGAACAUGCCCGACUAUGUGAGCCAACCGGACAAGUUUUAUCCAGAGAGGUGGAUGAAACAGCUUGACGGAGGUCAAGAGAAUUACAUUCAUCCCUUCGCGUCACUGCCCUACGGUCAUGGCCCGAGAAUGUGCUUAGGGCGUCGUUUCGCCGAUCUAGAAAUGCAAGUUCUACUGGCUAAAUUAAUUAGAUCGUACAGACUUGAAUACCACCACAAUCCCCUGAAAUACAAGGUGACAUUCAUGUACGCGCCGGAUGGAGACCUGAAAUUCAAACUAACCAAAAGAAGUGGAACAAAUGUAUAGUCAAUAAAAUAAACUGAUCUUACCAAUGCACAUGACAAUUAAAUAUACUUUAUCGGUCCAAUCUGA